AUGAAUUUUAAUAUCAAUGUCAAAAGUCCAUUAAUAGAAGAAUUUAUUGGGCCUUUAAAUAAAGCUGAUUAAAUUUAUGAUCAUCUUGAUUAUGAAUAAAUUCAAAUAAUUUCAAAUGACAAGUAUUCACUUUUAAUAGUUACAAUUAAUUUUGAGGGAUCAUUAGAUUAAAGAAUUUAAAUGGCUUAAUAAUUAGUAAAUCAUUAAAAGAUGAUCAAUUAAAGAUUAAGGAACCUUGGUUUGAAUGGAAUUUUAGUAGAUAUUAUUAAAUAUGAGAUUAUUAAUAAUGAUGAUUAAGUAUUGAUAAUCUGCAAAACAAUGAGAAUGUCGAAAUAGAAAGGGGUAGUGAAUUUAGGUUUAGCAAAUUGUAUUGAAUUUUAUACAGGGCUUGAAUUAAAAGGGGUGCGACAACAUAUUGUUAUGCAUAUUGAAGAUUUGGGAAUGAAUAAAAUUGUACCCUUCACAUUUAUGGAGGGUAUUUUAAAUGAAGAUAAUUAAGAAUUAAUAGCAAAUUUACCCUAAACAGAAUAAAAUGGUUAGAAUGGAAAUGAAGUUCAUUUCUCUAUGUAAUCUGUAAUUGUAAUAAUAUAUAAUGAUCAACUUGUUUAAUUCAAGUAAUUAAAUGAAAUGUAAGAUAUUCAUAUUUUAAAAUAUUUGGAAUUGACUUCAGGGGUAAUAAUAAGUGAUGUGAUAAAGAAAAGCAGGACAACAAUAAUAAAUGAUAAAAUACAUUAUUUAAAUUAAGAUGGAAAAACUAUAGCAAUAGGUGAUAUUGGAGAGAGAGGAAAUAUUUAGUUAAAUAUUAAAAUAAAAUAAUAAUACUAUACACUUACAGCAGAGUGGAAUAAUAUGAAAGAGUUGAUUGUAAUUUAUUUAUGAUUAAUGAGAAUUAAAGAAUAGAUGGAUAGUCUUUUGAGCAUCUUCCCAAUAAUUUGUUUACUCCUAUAGAUGACAUUGUCUUGAGUUAUUUUAACCAUUAUGAAUUUGAUUAAAGAGGGUAUUUAUUAUAAUAAUUGUCUAAGUUCUUUAAUAUUUUUAAAUUGUUCUCUAAAAGGAGAUGUGAAGAAUAAAGUUAUAAAAAUAAAUAAAUAGAUUAAAAGAUAGAUUUGGUUUAUUGCUUUGAAAACAAUACUUACUAUUUUAUAAGUUAAUAUAUAGAAUGCUAUUUAUUAAGAUUAAAAAUUGUAUUUGAGAACAUUAUGUAAAUUAAAUCAAAAGAUUCCAAUAACACAAGUUGAAAUACAAGCUGAUCUUAAAGAAGAAGAUUUUAAUUUAAUUUUAGAUUAAUGCAAUUUGAAUCCUCAUUUGGAAUCAUUAAUACUUGAUGGUUCUACAUUUAAAGAUACUAUUCUUUCUGGUCUUAUAUAAGGAAACACUUUAAAAACCAUCAAAGAAUUAAGUUUUAAAGGAUGCCCAAAUAUCACUGAUGAAGGUAUUUCUCUUUUAUAAAAUUUUGGAGUUUAAAAAUUAGAUUUAUCUCAUACUUAAAUUUAUUUAACAUUACCUUAAAAUCUAUAAAUUUUAAAUAUAUCUUAUAGUAAAUUCAAAGAAGAAACAUUAUUAUAAUUAUUUAGAGAUAAAUCAUUAGUGAAUCUAAUAUCAAUAAAUAUUAGUGGAUUGGCAUCUGAUAAACUGAUAUAAGUUAUUUUUAGCUGUCAUUAUAAAGAAUUAAGAGUACUCAUAGCUAAUGAAUGUAAAUUAUCAUUAUCUGUAUUUCAUCAUAUUCAUGAUUCAAAACAUGUAAAAUAGUUGGAUCUAUUGAGUUUUUAAGGUUCUAUUACAGAUGUUGAAGAAAGUAUCUUUAAAAAAAAUGGAUAUGCAUUAUUAGGAGCAAGUAAAACUAAAAUAAAUAAAUUGAAUCUUGCAAAUUGUUUAAUAAAUGACAAAUUGAUUCAUUAGAUGGUUGAAUCUGGUAAAUUACUAAAGAAUCUUAGAGAAAUAUCCUUAUCUGGAUGUAGAUAUAUAUCUGAUAAAUCUAUAUAUUUAUUGUGUGAUGCACAUUAUACAUUAACAUGUCAAUUGAAAAGUCUAGAUAUAUCAAAUUUACCAUAAAUAACAGAUUCUUCAUUAGAAUAUUUAGUAAAUAAACCUUUGAAGAAUUUAUCAGAUUUGAAUCUAGCUUAUUCAACUUAGAUUUAAGCUGAACAUUUGAAAAAGGCAUUUGAUACAGGCAAAUUUAAUUAACUAAAAUAUCUAGGAAUUAGUGGCACAAGUGAAAGUGGAGGAUAAGCAGAUAUAUUUAAAUUUAGUAUACCAGAAUUAUGUACAUAUUAUAUCAGAAAUCAUUUAUCUGAAAUUCAAUUAAUAGAAAUUUAUACAUCAACAAAGAAUAUUUAAAAUAUAUCAACAGCAGUAUUAAAUUUAUUGUAAACAUAAAUUCUCACCAAAAUAGUAACGACAGAUUAAAUUAUUUUAGAACCAGAAACCUAUGAUUUAUUUAAAAGUUGUGUUGGAUGUGAACGAUUACUUUUAAAUAAUAAACCACUUUAAUUAGAUAAUUAAGAUAAAAUUGAAUAGUAGAACUAACUUACUGCAAAUUAAUUUUAUGAAAAAUUACUUAAAUAGAAUUAGUAUGUAUUGAUAAAUAACUCUGAAAUAAAAUUUAUUAAAUUGAUGUUCAAUUUUUAAACAAUUAGUAAAAUAUGCUUUAAAAAAACUGAAAUAAUAGAUAAAGAUAUUCUAGGCAUUUGUUAAAAUUUGAUUUUAACUGAAAUCAAUAUUAAGAAAUGUAAAAAGCUAACCUUUAAAAGUUUGAUUUAUUUAUAGAAACUUUCAGAAACUUUAAUUAAUAUAGAUUUUAGAGGAACCAUUUUUGAAAAUUUAUAUUAAACUCUAGAACACUUAUAAUAUUUUCCUAAACUUUUAUAUUUAAAUGGAGGAAAGUUAAAUAUUGAAAUGUAUUUUUUUUAUAAAAUAAAUUUAGUAUAAAUGUUACUGAAACAAAUCAUGUAAUAUAAGAAUUAUAACAUUUACCUACUCUUUGGAUGUAAUUAGAAUUAAUUAAAUCCUUUAAAUUAACUAUACGUGCUCAUUAUAUUUAAACAUUUAAAUUUAUUUUUAAAACUUUAUCUUUAUUACUUAAUAAAAAUUAAGACUUUAUUAAAUCAAUAUCUUUAUAACUUUAUUAAUUUAAAGUCAUAUAAGAUAAGUCACUUUAAUUGUUUCAUAAUAGUUUAUUAAAUUUAUAAUUUUUGUAGCAUUUUCAUCUUGGAUUUCAAAGGUAAUAAUUUAUAAUUAAUAUUUUAGUAUGAAAAAUAUCUCACUUUUAACUUUAAAAAAUAUGUUUAUAAGUCUUUCUAGUUUAGACUCUCUUAAAUCCCUUUCCAUCAGUUUGGAUGAGUAAAAUUUAUCUAAUAAUUUAGUUGUGAAUUAUAAUUUGUAGAUGAAGAUCUAUUUUUAGCAUCAACUGUAUUUGAAGGAAUCAAAAAUAUGAAGUUAUAAAGAUUUAGUUUCUCAUCUAAUGAUACAGUAACAUAUGAUCAAUCAAUAUUUUCGAGUCUAUUUAAAUAUAUGUCUGAUAUUGAUUCUUUAAAGUAAGUUAACUUGAGUUUUUAAAGGUAUAUAGUUUUUACAUAUUGAUUCAGACAUGCAAUAAAUAGAGAAAGCUUAUCAGAAUUAUUUUAAACUUUGAAAGAAUUGAAUUUAUAAAGUUUAAGUUUAAAUUUUGAAUAAAGUGGAGUUAAAUAUACAAGAUAAAUAUGGGCAGAAUUAUUAGAAGUUUUAAGAAUGAAUUAUAGCUUAUUACAUUUAGAACUCAAUUUUAAUCAUACAUUUGAAUUGACUGAUAUGGACAUCCUUAAUAUCAUUGAUGAGCUGUAUUGUAUGAAAUUGACAUCAACUUGUGUAUCAUUAAUAGGGUAUUUUACAAUUAAUAAUUUAGUUGUUAUCAUAAUGAGAAGAGUAUAAAGGAAUUCACUAAUGAAGAUGUUAAGAAUUAUUAAUUUUUUAUAUGA